AUGCCGUACCUAUCUCCAGAGCAUCCCGAGAUCAGCACAAAGGACAUUUUGUCCUGGGGGUUCGACGAUGCCAAAUAUGACCAGGAUAAGCCCCUCUGGGUUGAUGCUUCGGACCCCUCGCGCUCGGUGUCGGCCAACGAGGCCCGUACCAUAAUCAGGCAGCUGGUUGCCGGCUUCCAGGAAGCGGGUCUCAAACCCGGCGAUACUGUCUGCAUAAGUUCGUUCAGCGACAUAUAUUACUCCGUCCUCGUCCUUGGCAUCAUAGCCGCCGGCUGCGUCUUCACCGGCACCAACCCGGCCUACACCCCCUUCGAGCUCGAGCACCACCUCCGCGCCUCGCGCGUCAAGAUGGUCAUCGGCGAGCCGGAGCUCCUCCCCGCCAUCCUCGCCACCUCCAUGGGCACCGAGCUCCUCGCCCACGAACACGCACGGCGCAUCCUGCUCUUCGACCACCACGUCCCGCUCUCCACGCCGCCCGCUGACGACGUACCCUCCACCACCACCCACCCCUCCUGGCGCACCCUCCUCCACCACGGCUCCCGCGACUGGCACCGCCUGCCCGCCCCCUCGCCUUCCAGCACCGGCCGGCCAGCCCCCAACGCCACAACGCCCGCCAUGCUCCUCUUCAGCUCCGGCACCUCGGGGCUCCCCAAGCCGGUGCCGCUCACGCACGCCAACCUCAUCGCGCAGCACGCCCUCGCGCACGCUCACACGUCGCCGCACGCGCACCUCUCGUCGCAGCCGCCGUGGCACGCGCACGCGCGGCGCCUCUGCUUCCUGCCACCCUUCCACGCCGCCAUCGCGCCGUCGCUGCACGUGACGACGCUGGCGGCGGGGGGGACGACCUUCGUGCAGCGGCGCUUCGACGCCGAGGCGGCGCUGCGGGCGGUGCGCGCGCACGGCGUCACCGACGUCAUCGUCGUGCCGCCGUGCGUGCUGGCGAUCCUGAACCUGCCGCCCACGGUGCUGCGCGAUCCGGCGUGCGGGCUGGGGAGCGUGCGGUGGGUGCGGUGCGGGGCGGCGCCGUUGGGGGCGGGGACGCAGGCGGCGUUGCAGGCGUUGUUGGAUCGUCCCGUGGGCGAGGGCGGGACCGGCGGCGUGGGGGUCGUGUCGCAGGUUUGGGGGAUGACGGAGACGACGUGUGUUGCGACGCAGUGGGGGCCGGGGGAAAGGGAUGGGGAGGGGCUCGUGGGGAGGGCGGUGGCGGGGUUGGACGUCAAGGUUGUGGGGGACGAUGGGGAGGAGGUUGUGGUGAGAAGGAGGGGGGAAGUGGUGAGGGGGGAGAUUUGUGUGAGAGGGCCGACGGUUGUGAUGGGGUAUGUGGAUAUGGAGAGGGGUGGGGUGAGUAGAAAGGAGUGGGAUGAGGAGGGGUUUUUCCAUACGGGGGAUGUGGUUGAGGCGGUGGAUAAGGGGGAUGGGAGGGGCCCGGUGUUCCGGGUGGUGGAUAGGAAGAAGGAACUUAUCAAGGUUCGUGGCUUCCAGGUUGCCCCACCAGAAUUGGAGGCGGUCCUACUGACGCAUCCGGACUUGCUGGAUGUGGGUGUCAUUGGGGUGUUCGACGAGGAGACGCAGUCUGAAGUUCCCCGUGCAUACGUUGUGAAGAGGGCCGGUGCGACUGAUUUGGUUGCGGAUGAUGUGAAGCGAUGGGUCAGUGAGCGGCUGGCGAAGUACAAAUGGUUGGCUGGAGGAGUAGUGUUUGUGGACGCGAUUCCAAAGACAGCAAGUGGCAAGAUUCUGAAGAGGGUCUUGAGAGACGUGGCGAAGCAGGAGAUGGGAAGGGUGUCGAAGCUCUGA